AUGUCCUUGUACGGCACCCGCCAUCACCAGCACGUCUGUGGCUUCUACUACCUCGAGUCGGCAACUACCAAUCUAUUUCACAGCCCACGCAGAUACCUCCCUCCGCUGUCUCAGUCCCUUCAUGCCCGCAUCAUUGCUUCCACUUCACGGACGAUCCUGACCCAGACCUUCGCCAACCCGUCUUCCACCGCAUCCAUCCCAGAGCUUCGCUACAAUUUUCCCCUGUACGACGGCGUGUCAGUUGUUGCCUUCACUUGCACCAUCAACAAGGACCGUGUUAUACGCGGUAUUGUGCAGGAGAAGAACACGGCUCGCAAGACGUACGAUGACGCCGUCGCCAACGGCCAGACGGCCGCUCUAUUCGAGCAACUUCCUGACGCAAGCGAUGUCUUCACCACCACCGUCGGCAACGUUCCCGCUGGUGCCCACAUCUCUGUCGAGAUCGUCUAUCUGGGCGAGCUGAAGCAUGAUGCUGAAGUCGACGGCAUCAGGUUCACCAUACCCACCUCCAUCGCUCCCCGCUUCGGCUCCUACCCCGGCACGCUGCUGGAUAAACCCACCAGCGUGUCGACACAGGGCGGAAUCAGCAUCGUUGUCGACGCUGAGGUGCCGGCUGGAAGCGUCAUCAAGUCGAUUCAGUCACCCUCCCACCCCAUCGCUGUUUCUGUUGGCUCCACCUCCACCAUGAGGGCUGACGCCACCCCUUCCCUCCAGUUCGCCUCCGCCACUCUCUCCUUGGGCACCGCACAACUGGACGAUGACUUCAUCAUCCAGGUCAUCGCUACAAACACAUCCAGCCCCGUCGCCGUCCUCGAGACGCACCCCACCAUCUCCCACCAGCAAGCCCUGAUGGCCACCUUGGUUCCCAAAUUUAAGCUGGCCCCGACCAAGCCUGAGAUCGUCUUCAUCUGUGACCGUUCCGGCUCCAUGCAAGGCAACAAGAUUGACGACCUCAAGAAUGCCCUCAAGGUUUUCCUCAAGUCUCUCCCCGUCGGCGCCAUGUUCAACAUCUGCAGCUUCGGCUCUAGUUAUUCCUUCUUGUUCGACAAGUCCAUGACCUACGACAAAAACACCCUGGAAACCGCCAUGAAACACGUCGACACGUUCGAUGCCAACUAUGGAGGCACCCAAUUCCAUGGUCCCAUCCAGAAGACCUUUGAGCUGCGCCAUACCGAUCUCGACCUCGAGGUCUUUGUACUCACGGACGGCGAAAUCUGGAACGAGGAGCGCCUCUUCACCAUGGUCAACGAUCACGUCCAAAAGUCCCAAGGUGCCAUUCGCCUAUUUACCCUAGGUGUCGGCCGGGAUGUCAGCCACUCCCUCAUUGAGGGCCUUGCACGAGCUGGUAACGGCUUCUCCCAGGCCGUCUCUGAGAACGAGAAGAUGUCUGGAAAGGUCGUCCGGAUGCUCAAAGGCGCACUCACACCCCACGUGAACGACUACACCCUGGAGGUCAAGUACGACGAUGCCGAGUCGGAAACAGAGCCCGAAGAUGACUUUGGCAUCAUCGAACCAGCCACCGCAGCUUCGCCCAAGCCCCUCGACCAGGGUGUAACCGAUCUCCCCCAAAAGCCCAUCUCGCUGUUUGAUAGCAGCGCAGAUGACGACGUCGACAAAGAAGACGAGCUGUCACAUGCUGAUGGAACUGGUGCGGACCGGUACUCUCACGUCCCUGCUGUCAAGCCGCCAAAGUUGCUCCAGUCACCCUUCCAGAUCCCGCCCCUAUAUCCCUUGAGCCGCACGACCGUCUAUCUCAUCCUCUCUCCCGACAGGGAGCUGAAAGACAAGACGCCACAGUUCCUCAUUCUUCGUGGAACGUCACCACAAGGACCCCUGGAGCUCCAGAUCCCCAUCACGAUCCUUCAGGACAAGGCUGAGACCAUCCAUCAGCUCGCCGCUCGAAAGGCCGUCAAGGAGCUGGAGGAGGGCCGCGGCUGGAUCUUCCAUGCAAAGGCCAAGGAUGGCCAGUCUCUCAAGGAUAAGCAUCCGGGUCGAUUCCCCACCAUGGUGGAACGAGAGGCUGUCCGUCUCGGUAUCCAGUUCCAGGUUGGUGGCAAGUGGUGCUCUUUCGUUGCCGUUGACAGUGAUCCGUCUCGCGCCAGGUCCACGGAGGAUGAGCUGUGCGCUGCCGCCGAGAUGCCGCUAGAAUAUGGCGGUAUGGCUAAGAGAAAGAUGAAGAAGGUGGGAAUGGGCCCGGCCAUGAGCCUUGAUAAAUGCGUGGUUCCAUCUGGGUCAGAGUCGCUCUUGUUCACAAGCGAGGAUUAUUCCAUGUCGCCGCCUCCUCGGGCUGGGUCGAUGUUUGCAUCUGUCAACCGCUUGUUCGGUCGGGCGCCUUCGAAAACACAAUCUUCUCACCAGAGUCCAGUCAGUCAAGCCUUCGGCAUGCCUACGAGUACAAGUGCCCCAGGGAACCCAUUUGGGGCUCCGGAUAAGUCCUCUCAGCCUCCAGCUGGUAGGGGCUUUUUCGGCGGGCCUGUGAGCAGUUCAUCUCCAAGGACCGCAUUUGGAAUCCGUUCUGAGGGCUCUUCCGCAGGAGGCCUCUUCGGCGGGCAAAGCUCCGGAUUCGGGGGAGGCUUGUUUAGCACCGGCGCUCCUUCUUCACCCCCUCCACCACCCCUCGCCGCGCCGGCACUCGCCCCGCCUGCUGCGGAAGUCGACGAAGCCCUUCUAGAACAGUAUCGGAAGGAGAUGGACUAUGCCUUGUGCACGCCUCUUGACGACAUGGAUGAUGAUGAUGUCGCAUCUGCUGCCCAGCAGAUAUGUCAGAGUGUCUCCCCAAUGCCUGCUGCGGUAGGGGACAUUUGGACCAAGCCCUUCUACCAUUCACAGACUCCCGCGGACCAGUUCUCCGCCCUUGUAUCGAUGCAGGAAUUCAGUGGAUAUUGGGUGUGGUCGGACAAGCUGUUCGCCGUCCUCGGCGUCUCUCCCCAAGAUGUCAAGAGCACGGCGGAGCAGAGCGUCCAAGGCAGCCAGGACUCGGCUUCAUCGUCAACCGCUGCCGUUGUCGCUUUCUUAAGGAAGAGGUUAGCAGACGAGCGCGACUGUUGGGAGAUGAUGGAGGAGAAAGCCGUGGCUUGGCUGGAGGCCGAGUUGGGAGACGAGAGUGAGAAACUCUUGGCUGCUCUCGAACAACUCUUCUGA